AGGAGAGUGGCGGAGAAGCGUGAGACGUCACGUCCGGGUCGGCCGGAAGUGUGAUGUGGCUAUGAAGUGGGCGCGAUGUCUGCAAUUUUCAACUUUCAAAGCCUGCUGAGCGUAAUACUACUCCUGAUUUGUACCUGUGCUUACCUCAGGGCUCUGGCUCCAAGAAUUCUGGACAAAAAUAAAACUGGACCUCUGGGGAUAUUUUGGAAGUGUGCCAGAAUAGGUGAACGAAAAAGCCCUUAUGUCGCUAUAUGUUGUAUCGUGAUGGCAUUCAGUAUUCUCUUUGUACAGUGACAAAUCAGCAGUUUGGAGGGGAGGCACAAUGGAUGAAAGGACAUUGGUAGAACACCAAAAAACUUGAACUUUUAUAAAUGUAAAACUGAUCUGGGAAUGGGCAUUCCUACAACUUCCAGAAUCCAUGUUGUGUUUUUCACAUUGCAAGUGUUUCCAAAUCUUGUUACUGGACCAAGGCUGAAAGACCUGGGAUGGAGUUCCAGCAUGCCUGAAUCUGCUAAAGGACAAGAGUUGAGAGUAAGUGUAGCUGAUGGAGGAACCAGCUAAUUGGUUGUCAGCUGUGUGUAACUGUCCACACUGUAUUGCCAAUAAAAUAACUACUUGACAGCA